AUGUCUGUCGACGAUGCGCCCAUCGCCGCUGUCAAGCUUCCGUCUCCCUCUCACGGCACCGCUUCUUCCGACGUCGGUCCUACCGACGGAGCAUUGGACUCGCUUGGAACAUCACCGGCUGCAGCGUCUCCCUCGGUGAAGCCGAAGGGAACGGCUUGCGAGGCGGCUUCGCACGUUGGAGACGACUUGACCGUCUCUGCUUCGCCCGCUCCGUCCGGCUCGCAACCGCUCGACAUUGCCCCGCCCUCACUCAAGUUGCAGUCUUCGGCGCUCACAAACCAGGACCAGGGACAGGCGCCGUCCUCCAGCGGCAGCCUCGACCAGAACUCCGCCGCUUUGCCUCUCUCCUUCGGCUCUCCCCCUGCUUCCUCGCCCGCGUCUCGCUCUCCCACUCCUAUCACGCCCACACCCUUGUCGAAGCGCAAAGGGAAAGAGCCCGAACAGGUUGCGGAGGAUCACGACAGCGACAGCGACUCCGCCGCCUCGACUUCCGCUCUUCACGCCUCUUUGCCCUCUCGCUCGCCGACGCCUACCCCGCCGCCUCGCCCAGCCAAGGGAAAGGGCAAGGCGCCCGUCGACGAGUCCGACGAGUCCGACAAGUCCGACGAGCAAGCGCCGGUUCCGGUGCGCCGCUCUCCGCGUCGCUCGUCGCGUCGCACGCCCAUCUCGCCGGCGAGCAUCACGAGGAGCGACGAUGAGUCAAUUUCGUCAUCGGAUGACGAGCCGCAGUUCUCGGGCGAGGACAAGGAGGUCCAGACGCCGCCUUCUUCGCCGGCGUCGCGUUCGAGGGACAGCUCAGCGUAUCAGGUCCCGCACACGCGCUGGACUGAUGCGGAGGAGACGGUGUUGCGGAUCAGCCGUACGAGCAAGCCGAAGAAACUGAAGAAGACAGUCGCCGGUACGGUGGAACGCAGGCCUGCUUCGGAUGUCAUGGUCGACGCUGUCGGCAAGAAGGAGCGCGAGGAGCUGUACCUUGCGGGCAUGACAGGGUGGCCUCGCUGA